CCAACUCGCCCUGCCCUCAUCAGCCCUGCCCUCGUACCCACUCGCCACCUCUCGCAAUGAUGCAGUCUCUCCAAGCACACCAGCACACCCACUCCCACUCAUCCAGCCCCCGCCGGUCCUCCUCCUCUGGAACGACCCCAAAGGCCUCAAAGAAGAUCGGGGCGCCCAAGGCCAAAGGCGCCAUCCGCGCCAAGUCGGGCUGCUACACCUGCAGGAUCCGUCGCAAGAAAUGCGACGAACAACCGAACGAACAGAAUAGAUGCCAGACCUGCGUCCGUCUCAGACUUCAAUGUCUCGGUUUCGGCCAGAAACGUCCAGAAUGGUUGAAGGAGAACAACAACGUCACCGUCUUCCGUGAAAAGAUAAAGGACUACCUCGCAGCACAAGGAAUGAUCAAGGGCCACGCAGGCUCCGCCGCCCGCAACGGCGACCAACAAGACAUCCUCGUCCUCGUCGCCGAUGCCCACGACCCUCACCACCACUCGCACUCGCACUCGCACUCCCGCUCUGGCCCUCCAAGCCCCUCUGCCAGCAGCAGGUCCAUGUCCGCCUCCAGCGACGACCAUGACCACCGGACGUCGUACGGCCAGAUGAACACCUCGAAUAUCAGAGACAGGUCUGGCUCGGCACACUACCCUGCUUUGUCCUUGCCUCCCAGCCAUCACGGCUACGGUGGGGCUUCAGGUGUGUACAAAUUCGCGGGCGGCUAUGGCCUCCAUCAAGAACUCAGCCCGGACUCGCCCCUCGAGCGGGGCCACAUCAAUUCCGACCUGAUGUUGCCGUACACGACCGCGAGCACGAUGUUGCAGCCCUCGUCGUCUGCGUCCUCCGUCUCGAUUUCGUCUUCGUCGGUGGUGGGAGCGGCGGGAGGUCCCGGGGGUGGAGGUUCCGGUAGUCUACUUUCUUCUUGGCCACAUAAUAACAAUCAUCAUCACAAUCAUCAUCCGUCCGCCUCGUCCACGUCCUCACAACAUCAGCAACAACAAAAUCAAACGUUCGCAUCAAACGGCGCGUACGCACCACAGACGCAGUCGUACGGUAGCACGAACAACGGCAGCGCGGUGUACGGCGGCGCCAGCACGACGAAUUACAACAACAAUAACAACGACAACUCGUCGGGCUUUCAGACAAAUGCGGCUAACCCCUCGUCGGGCUACAAUGUCAAUGGUAACGGCAAUGGGACAGGACCAGCCGCGGGGUUCACCGCCACGGGCUUCCAGAGCGCGCUCUCGCCUUCGUAUAGCCAUCAGUUCGCGGGAUUGCUGUAUGAUGUCGACCAAGAAGACGCGAAUGGCUACGUGUCCGGGGUUACGAUCGCUGACUCCUCAGCGGGCGAUGUGUCUGGCGCUUUGAUGUUAGCCGGCACGUCUGGAGGUCUGGGUACGGGGUCACAUAUCCACGUUCACGGGGACGGUGGCGGAGGAGGUAUCGGCGGUGGUGGAGGUGGAGGGGGAAUGGGACCAGACACGACGGGCUAUGGUUCGAUCGGCCAGGGCAUCUUCACGCCGCUGCUUUACGACCUCUCACAUGACCAGAACGCGCUGGUGCGGCAUUAUCUGGACCAUGUCCUCAAUCGACAAUAUUUCCUCGCCGAUAAGAACAUCGCGAAUUUCUUUUUGAGGGCUAUACAGAAGAGUCCGGCGGCGAGGGACGCGGCGUGUUUACUGAGCGGACUGCAUCAGCAGGCUCUGAGGCGGGGGAUGAAUCCGUAUGGUUCUACUGCGCACGCAGGAGGGGGCGGGCCGUUCGGUGGCUCGUUGACGAUGAAUGGAGGAGGGAAUGGGAAUGGACAGGGGGGGAUGAUGAGGUACCUGACGUCGACGGAGAAUAAAGAGGCGUUGUUGAGGAUAUGGAGUACGGUGAAGCGACAUACGACGGAUACGGGGAUGGCCCCCACGGAGGACGAAGCGCUCAGUGGCCUCAUCGUCGUUUCGGCGUAUUUGUUCGAUGGAGGGAGAGGCGCUUGGCAUUCAUUUUUGGAGGUCGCGGCGGAUUGGGUGGAGAAUGUGCUUAGUACGUGUGCGGGGAGUCCGACGAGCUCGACCUCGAGUUCGUAUGGACAUACGCAUCAUACGCAGGGGGGACCGUUCAACGCUGGGGGGUAUGGGAUGGGCCCGGGGUUGGGUGGAGGGAUGGGAGGAGGGGGAGGGGGAGGGGGAGUGGAGGUGGGCGAUGCGACGGAUUUCUUGUUGAGGUGUACGGAUAGCCAACGGUUUAUUAUCAAGACCACAUUCUGGUUCGACAUCCUCGCCUCGACGACCACCGGCAAAUCUCCGCGCUUCCUGCCUUACUACCGCCAACUGUGGUCCGACCGGGCGUAUAUCGAGGACCCGAUGUACGCCUCGCCGCAGUUAUCGAUGUUGAGCGUGAUGGGAUGCCAUAAUUCGACGGCAUUAGCGAUUGCGGAGAUCAGUGCGUUGCAGGAGUGGAAGGAGGGACAGAUGAGGAGGGGGGGUCUGAGUGUGGUUAACCUGGUGCAUCGGGGGAUGAUGAUUGAGGAGAGGUUCAUUAAUAUACCUGGGAGUCCGGUCCAUGGACAUGGGAUUUCGGUGUUUGGCGGUGGGAGCAGCAGCGAUGUAGGUGGAGGAGGAGGAGGAGGAGGAGGAGGAGGGCAAGGAUCGCCGACGUUGGGGACGACGGCGGCGGACAGUGCACGUCCGACCGAAGACGAACUGAUCACUCGACGCCGACUCACCGCUAACAUCUUCCGCGCGACAGCCAAAGUGUACCUCCACUCCGUCAUAUCAGGCGACUACCCUUCCUGUCCCGAGAUCCGCUCAGGCGUGCAGGAGAUGAUUGCGCUCUUGCGAAGCAUGCCGCCAGGGAAGACGUCGUUGUCCUCGUCUGUGUUGAGGAGCGUCGUGUUCGGGAUCUGUUUGUGUGGGUGUUUGACGGAUGUGAGGGAGGAGAGGGAUGUUAUGCUCAGGAGAUUGAGGGAGGAGGACGAGCAGGCGGAUGUGGGGAAUUGUAGUGAGGCGAGGAGGGUGAUGGAGAGGGUGUGGCAGUAUAGGGAUCAGGCGAGGAUGACGGAGAUGGGGAUGUUGGGCCAGCAGCAGGGGGACGUGGGGACGGGGGAGAUGGGGAGGUUGAAGGGGUGGAGGGAGGUUAUGAGUGAGUUGGGCGCGGAGGCGUUGUUGCUUGUAUGAGGCGGUGGUCGAUCAACAACACCUGCUUUGAUUGAUCGAUGUGCUCACCGCCGACCGCCCCCCAGUCCAUGCGUCCGAAUUUUUCGCAUAAUCUCAUCUUUUGCCUUCGCCGUCCGAACUGCAUUAUAUUACCCCCUCCCCCUCGCUUCGUUUCUCAUCAGCCCGUCGUACCCUGCCUCUUACAUUUCUCAUCAUCAACUUCAUCAUCUGCACCAUCUCAUCAGCACAUUUCCCAUCUCUCAUGUUCCAUCGCUCAUCUCCCGCAUGCCCGUCCCGCCCUUGUCUUGUUCUUUUUGUUUUGUCUUGUUACAUUACAUUCUCAUCGUCCCAUCGUUCCGUUCGAAUCGCUUCUCCCAUCGUCCCCGUUCUGCCCUGUUCUGAACACUCUUGCCACCCUCGCAUCGUGAUUCGUGAUUCGUGAUCACAAGGGCUUCGUGUCGGGCUUCAAGGCUGUACUAGUCACACCCUCCAUCCUCCCCGUCCGGUCUUGAAGACUUUUACCACCCCUUCCAUCUGGCAUCGUUCGUGAUCCAACCGACUUCGCAUCUUCGUCUCGGGCGUCAAGCUACGCCAUCCAAUCUUCUCGCAUACAGUUUCGGACCUCUUCCCCGUCGAUGUUCGCCACCACGCCACCGGACAACUACCGGACAAUACCUCCUCGGAGUCGCCUUCGAGUGGCGGGUGAUCUAGCCAUAAUCGACGUUCCCCCCUUCGAUAAUACGGAUACGCCACCGACCCCGACCCCGACCGACCGACCGAAGUUUCAGAACCCGCUGUUUACUCCGAGCCACCCUCCGACCUCCCUCGUCCUGGCCUUCGUCUUGGCCUUCGUCUUCGUCUUCUGCCGGCCGUUUUUCUCCGCGUUUCCGAGUGUAUAUACACACAAAUGGAACAAUGUUCAAGCAUACCUAUGGAACAAGUUCGAGCAUACAUAUGGAACGGGAUUCGACGCCACAGAUGUUUCAGCAUUCAGCAGGCCAGGCCGCUUGCUUCGAUCUUUUUCGGCUUGCUGGCAUGUCGUUCUCCAUCAGUCCUUCGACUCGACGAGGUUCUCACCGUUCGCUUCGUCGUUGACGCCCACCUGCACCCGUAUCCGCACCCGCAUUCACGACAUCGCCGGCGCUGAUGGACCCCGAAGCACCGUUUCCUGCUUUGCCUUGUCAGCCUCGUCGCGGAGAGUAGAAGUUGGGUUUCGGAAUCACGACACGACGGUCGCGCAGUGUGCGAGUCGCCGACGAAGUUGCCAUUUAUGUUGUGGCUUCUGCUGCAGUCUACGCUUCGACGGAAGCAAGGUGACUGCAGUAGGAGUCGGUUAUGGCAUCGGGAUUGGGCGCCUAUUGGGGGCGGUGCUGGACUGGCUGGCCUCAACUUCGUGCAAGGGCGUUGUCGCCGUUGGUUGCGGAUGGAUUUGUUUUUGUUUUUUCACCUUUCUUGCCUCGUGACCGUGAUGACCUCGAUAGACGUUCGUUUCAUUUUUCUAGCAUGUUUUUUUUCCCUCUCGUCGCCCGAAAAAUGUUGUGCAUAUAUGGUCUCCCUCUCUCGAAUUCCUGGAUCUCUCCUCUUCGUCUUUCCUGCAGUUGUGCUAAUCAAGCUCCAAGUCUCGUUGUAAUAUACAUCCCUCUCCCGUCCCGUUCUCGUUCUCCAAUUGCCCCAUGCUCUUCUUCGUCUUCAUAGUCUAAAAUUAACGGCUCCGGUUUGGAUCGCCCGCCCGCCCGCCCGCCUGCCUGCCUGCAUACCAUACGUACGUGACCAUCACAGUAACUUGCGCUUUUGAAUACCCCACCAAACCC